ACAAAAUGACGUUAAAUGCGGAAGCACCGAGGAAGCAGUUCAGGGUAGCAGCCGAGGAGGAAAUUGUCAUCAGUGGUAUCGCUGGUCGAUUUCCUGACUCCAAUAACAUGACACAUUUUCAAGAAAAUCUUAUGAAUAAGGUCGACCUGGUUACCGAUGAUGACCGACGCUGGAAAUUAGAUCAUCCUGAAAUUCCACAAAAUACGGGAAAAGUAAACUUUGUGGAAAAGUUUGAUGCGGUGUUUUUCGGUGUGCAUUUCAAACAAGCCCAUACCAUGGAUCCCAUGUGUCGUAUGUUGUUGGAGCAUGCUUACGAAGCUGUCAUUGAUGCCGGUAUCAACCCUAAAUCAUUACGAGGUACGAGGACUGGUGUCUUCGUUGGCGCUUGUUUCUCGGAAUCUGAAAAAACCUGGUUCUACGAAAAAUUGCAGGUAAAUGGUUUUGGUAUCACCGGUUGCAGUCGUGCCAUGUUGGCAAAUCGUAUCUCGUACUGGCUAGGCGUAACCGGACCAAGUUAUGCGGUCGACUCGGCUUGCAGCUCAAGUUUGUUCGCCAUGGAACACGCCUACCGUGCGAUUCGCGAUGGCCUCUGUGACGCUGCUCUUGUAGGCGGUGCUAAUCUUUGCCUCCAUCCUUACGUCUCGCUGCAGUUCUCUCGACUUGGCGUACUGUCCCCGGAUGGUCGUUGCAAGUCGUUCGACGAGUCGGCUAAUGGUUACGCUCGUAGUGAAGCCAUUUCGGUGAUUCUACUGCAAAAGGCUAAAGAUGCAAAACGGAUCUACGCCACAGUGGUUCAUGGUAAAACCAACUGCGACGGUUUCAAGGAGCAAGGUAUCACCUUCCCUUCGAGUGUCAUGCAGAGCGUAUUGCUGAAAGAAUUUUACGACGAGAUUGGCAUCCCACCUACGAGUCUAAGUUACAUCGAGGCUCACGGAACUGGUACUAAAGUCGGAGAUCCUGAAGAGAUAAAUGCCCUUGAUAAAGUAUUUUGUACCGGGCGUAAAGAACCGUUAUGGAUGGGGUCAAUCAAGUCCAACCUGGGACAUUCCGAACCUGCUAGUGGUCUUUGUUCUAUUGCUAAGGUAAUCAUUGGUAUGGAAUCGGGUCUGAUCCCUCCCAAUCUCCAUUAUAAUAACACACGAAAAGGUGUAAAAGCUUUGGAAGAAGGCAGAUUAAAGGUUGUAACUGAACCAACUCCAUGGAAAGGUGGUCUUGUUGGUGUGAACUCAUUUGGUUUCGGAGGUGCAAAUGCUCACAUCUUGCUCGAAUCCAAUAAGAAAGAAAAGAUCAACCAUGGACAACCGAAGGAUGACUUGCCGAGAUUAGUCGCUGUUUCCGGCCGUACACAAGAGGCCGUCGACACUAUUCUCUACGAUAUUGAGAACCGCUUAUGUGACGUGGAGUACGUACGUCUGCUACACGACGUUCACUCUGAAGAUAUCAAUGGACAUCUUUACAGAGGUUAUACAAUUUUGCCACCUAAAGGAUUGCCAGAAAAAAAGAUCAGAGAGAUUGAGAAUUUUGUAGGAGACAAGAGACCCGUAUGGUUCGUCUUCUCUGGAAUGGGAUCUCAAUGGCCUGGCAUGGGAGAGUCAUUGAUGCGCUUGCCAGUAUUCGCCGAGUCAAUUAAGAAUUUAGAUACUAUAAUGAAACAACGUGGUGUUAACCUCAUUAAAAUCCUUACAAGUAAGGAUCCCAAAACCUUUGACAAUAUUCUUAAUUCAUUUGUUGGAAUUGCCGCUAUUCAGAUCGGUCUCGUCGACGUAUUACGUCAUGUUGGCAUCGAACCGGACAACAUAAUCGGUCACUCGGUUGGAGAAUUAGGUUGCGCAUAUGCUGAUGGUUGCUUUACUGCCGAACAAAUGAUCCUGUCAGCUUAUUCCCGUGGUCUUGCUUCCGUCGAGACUAAAGUUAUACAUGGCUCCAUGGCUGCUGUUGGUCUUGGAUGUCAAGAGCUUAAAGAUAUGUGCCCACCAGAUAUUGAAGUUGCAUGUCACAAUGCAGCUGACAGCGCAACCAUUAGUGGACCUGCAGAGUCCAUGAAGGCUUUCGUUGCUAAGUUACAGGCUAACAACAUCUUUGCCAAAGAAGUACCAUGCAGUCAUAUCCCAUAUCACAGCCGUUAUAUCGCACCAAUGGGACCUAAACUUCUCGCCUAUCUGCAAAAAGUUAUCCCCAACCCAAAACCUCGAAGCUCCAAGUGGAUUAGUACUUCAGUACCUCAGAGCAAAUGGGAUUCUGCUGCAGCUCGACUCUCUUCUGCUGAGUAUCACACCAACAAUCUUCUGAGUUCAGUUUUAUUUGAAGAGGCUUCGACUGUGAUUCCCCAGCACGCCAUUGCUAUUGAGAUCGCUCCUCAUGGUUUACUUCAAGCUAUUUUGAAACGUUCUCUUGCACCUACCGUGGCUAACAUUCCACUGACAAGAAGAGGUCACGAGGAUAACGUUGAGGUGCUACUUCAGGGACUUGGAAAAAUGUACAAUGUCGGGCUUCAGCCUCAAUUGCACAAAUUGUACCCCCCUGUGGAAUACCCAGUAAGUCGCACAACUCCCAUGAUUUCACCACUGAUCAAAUGGGAACACUCCGAAGAUUGGUACGUCACAUCUUAUCGUAUGCAAGAAAAGAUCACUUCGGGAGAACGUAUCGUCGAGGUGACACUCGCCGACGAGGACUUCGAAUUCGUUGCCGGUCACGUGAUAGACGGUAGAAAUCUUUUCCCUGCCACUGGAUACUUGGCCUUAAUUUGGGAAACUGUUGGUAUGAUGCACGGAGAAUUGUACACCGAAGUAUCCAUUGUAUUUGAAGAUGUCAAAUUUUUGAGAGCUACCACGGUACCUAAGGAUGGUAUUGUUGAAUUUACCUUGAUGGUUCAGAAAGGUUCUGGACGCUUUGAAGUGGUUGAAGGUGGAGUAGCGGUAGUAACUGGUUACGUGCGUACCACUGAAAAUCCAGCUAAAGAGAAGAUCAAUCCUGCUUUCAUACAGGACAACAAUGAGGAAGAAGUAAUGUCUUUGCGUGAUAUUUACAAAGAAUUGAGACUUCGUGGUUAUCAUUAUAGUGGCUUAUUCCGUGGUCUAAAGAGUGCCACGACCAAAGGUACCAAAGGACGUAUUGCAUGGAAUAAUAAUUGGGUUGCUUUCAUGGAUAACAUGCUGCAAAUGCAGAUUGUUGGUAGCGAUACGCGUGGUCUUUUCGUACCUACUGGUGUUCAAAAAUUAAUUAUCGAUACUAAAAGCCAUUUGAACAUCAUUCGUAGUAUGGAUGACGACCAUAGAGAAUUCCCUGUUUACGUUAACAAGACAUUCGACGUGAUCGUUUCUGGUGGUGUAGAAAUCCGUGGUCUCAAGGCUAGCGCUAUUCCACGAAGGAAACCAGCAGGAGAACCAGUCCUUGAGGAAUAUAAAUUUAUUGCCAAUGCCGACCGAGUAAAUAUUAGCCAUCGCGAUAUUGUUCGCUUGUCCACGCAUAUUGGUCUAGAAAACCAUUUAGGUAUCAAGGUAAAGACUCUGGAAUUGCUUGAAGAAUCCGACAAAGUGUCCGAAGAAGAUAUGCUAUCGUCACUUAUUUUCGAAGCAUUAGGUGACAUGCCAUUAAUCCAAGCGGACGUUACGAUUAUCAGUAACAUCGCCUUCGAAGAUGGUGUUAUAUCGUCUCACAUUUCCGUUAUUGAACCGAAGAAAUUGAGCAGUGACGUGAAUGCAGUUAUGGCUGUUGGUCACAAACUUCUGACACCUAAGCGAUCAGCUAAUCUGAGCUUAUUGAUGACUGCUGUAGAGAACGGUGGCUUUUUAUUGACGAGAGAAGAUGAAAAUCUCGAUAACGUAGAACAAAUUGCAAAGAGUAAAGGCUUACACGUAAUUUUGGAGAAAAAAUCUGGCAAGGAGCUGUUUGUACUGCUUAGAAAGUUUACUAGAGCACCGAGAAAAACUGUGGUUAUCCACAUUAAUAAUGACAAGUUCGACUGGGUUGAUGAGAUGCGCAAGAUUAUGACUGAAGAGCUUGAGAAAGAAACUGCUAAUACCGUAAGGAUUGUCUACGUUGGUGAAGGAUUCGAAAGUGGUCUGAUCGGUUUCAUCAACUGUCUGCGAAGAGAAGCUGGUAGCGAAGUGGUUCGUGGAGUAUUCAUUCAAGAUCCCAAGGCACCGAAAUUCUCGCUACAAGAUCCAUUCUACUCCAAAGAACUGGCAAAGGACUUAGCAUGUUCAGUAGUAGGGCCUAACGGAGUCUGGGGUAGUUAUCGACAUUUGCCAUUGCCGCCACCUCAUCCGAAACCUGCCAACCACAUUUUUGCUAAUCAAUUGAUAAGAGGUGAUCUGGGAUCUUUGUGUUGGCUUGAGGGACCUUUCCAAGUUGGUUUCAAGGAUGAUGGCCUAGUCAAUGUUGUAUAUUCGUCGAUCAAUUUUAAAGAUGUCAUGUUAGGAACCGGUAAGCUUGCCGUAGAAGUUGUAGCCAAGACUCGUCAACUGCAAGAGUGCGUCCUCGGUUUUGAAUACAGUGGUGUAACGAUUAAUGGCAAAAGAAUAAUGGGUAUGAUUGAGAGUCGCGCGAUGACAAAUAUUUGCAUAAUGGAUCCAUACCUUACCUGGGAAAUUCCUAAAGAUUGGUCCCUAGAAGAUGCUGCUACUAUACCGUGCGUCUAUGGAACUUGCUACUAUGCACUGUACAUUACUGGUAAGAUGAAGAAGGGCGAUAAGAUUUUGAUCCACGCUGGUUCCGGUGGCGUUGGUCAAGCUGCUAUCAAUCUCGCUUUGUAUGAAGGUUGCGAAGUUUUCACAACCGUAGGUACACCAGAGAAGCGUCGCUUCAUUUUAGACAACUUUCCACAAAUCCCCGAGAGUCACAUUGGCAAUUCUCGUGAUACAAGCUUCGAACAAAUGGUCAUGAGAGAAACAAACGGUAAAGGUGUUGACAUCGUUCUGAACAGUCUUGCCGAAGAGAAACUUUUGGCUUCGGUUAGGUGUCUUGCACCGGCUGGUCAUUUCUUGGAAAUCGGUAAAUUUGAUUUGGCUGCUAACAAUCCAUUGGGUAUGGAAUGCUUCUUGAACGAAGUAAGCUUCCACGGUGUCAUGUUGGAUAAUUUAUUUGGUGAUACGAGCGAAAAAAAAAGAUCACUUAGGGAUAAGAUGGCUGCUGGUUUGAAAAGUGGAGCUAUCAAGCCACUCACUAGGACGGUAUUCCAGAAAGACCAAUUGGAACCAGCGUUCCGUUUCAUGGCAGCCGGUAAGCACAUCGGUAAAGUAAUCAUCAAAGUGCGCGAAGAAAAUGAACCAAUCAAUACACCAAUGAUGGCUCUUCCAAGAUACAACGCUCUGCCGGGACACAGCUACAUUAUUCUCGGUGGUCUCGGUGGUUUCGGUCUCGAAUUAGCCGACUGGCUGGUACUCCGCGGUGCUGAGAAAUUGGUGAUCACCUCACGUACGGGUAUCCGUAACGGCUACCAGAAAAUGCGAGUACAAUUGUGGGAGAGCUAUGGUACGAAGGUAGUGAUCGUCGCUGGUAAAGACGCCUCGAAACGCGAAGACUGUCAAUCAAUCAUCGAAAUAGCCAACAAACUUGGACCGGUCGACGGUAUUUUCAAUCUGGCGGUCGUUUUGAAGGAUGCCAUCUGGGACAAUCAGACACCAGAAACCUUCGAAGAAUCAUUUAAAUCAAAAGCUUGGUCUACUAGACAAUUGGACGUGCUGACGAGGAAGUUUUGCCCAAAAUUAAGACAUUUUGUUGUCUUUUCGUCGGUGUCUUGCGGUAGAGGAAAUGCUGGACAAACGAACUACGGAAUGUCGAACUCAGUCAUGGAAAGGAUUUGCGAGAGAAGAAAGGCAGAAGGUCUUCCUGGCUUGGCAAUUCAGUGGGGUGCCAUUGGAGACGUCGGUCUAGUUGCUGACAUGCAAGAAGACAACAAAGAAUUGGUCAUCGGUGGUACUCUUCAACAGAGAAUAUCUUCCUGUCUUCAGGAACUCGACGGUUUCCUACGUCAAGAUGCUGCCAUUGUAUCCAGCAUGGUUGUUGCUGAGAAAAGAGCAGGUAGCGGUGGUUCUACCAAUGUCGUCGACACCGUACUCAACAUUAUGGGUUUAAAGGACUUAAAAACUGUGAGUCCACACACAUCUCUUGCUGAACUUGGAAUGGAUUCUAUGAUGGCCGUGGAAAUCAAGCAAACUUUGGAGCGUGAGUUCGAAAUCUUCCUUACGGCUCAAGAUAUUCGUGGUUUGAACUUUGCUAAGCUCCAAGAGAUGGCAAAGAAAGACGCAGACGCCAAUAAAAAACGUGGAGGUGACGGUGGUGACGGUGGUGAGAUACUCACUGGUCUCAAAUUACUGGUGCGUCUCGUUGGUAGAACCGAUGUCAAUCCCGAAAUCUGCUGUAAUCUUGCCACCAAGAACGAAGCUGAUCGAGCUGAAGUAUUCCUUCUGCCUGGUAUCGAAGGCAUUGCUACUGUCUUUGAUGAACUUGCACCUAAGAUUAAACCACCAGCUUGUUGCUUGCAAAUGGGUUCCGACAGCAAGUCCCAAGAAUCUGUUACGGUUAUGGCCGAUAAAAUGCUGCCCUAUAUUCUAAAGAGAAGAAAUGGCCGGAACGAUUUUACGAUCGUUGGUUACUCAUUCGGCUCGAUGGUUGCUAUCGAACUUGUUAGAAGAUUAGAGGCAGAGGGACUUAGUGGGAAGCUCAUUCUUGUUGAUGGUUCACCCGAUCUCAUGAAAGAUAUCGAAGAUCAACAAUUGUCUUUUAAUAACGAAGAUGAAUUGCAGAGUAACGUACUUCUUGGUAUGAUGGACAUGAUUUCGCCAAAUAUGAGUGCUCAGUUAGUAGUAGAACUGGGUAAAUGUACAAACUGGGAUGAGAAGCUGGAAGCUUUCUUGUCGCGAGUACCAACUAAAGAAGAAUCAAACAUCAGCAUGGGUCGUGAAAACCAAGCGGCUCUUUGUACAUCCAUCUACAAGCGAUUAAUCGCAGUUAAGAAUUACGAUGCGUCUGACUUGCCGCCACUUAGAACACCCAUUACCCUUCUUAAACCCACUGCGCCAACGUUACGCAGUGGUGCUGAAGAUUAUGGUCUCUCGAAGAUCACGAGGGAAAGAGUAGAGAUCCACUACGUUGACGGUAAUCACGUAACGAUUCUUGACAACAAUAAAGUUGCUUUAGCUAUUAAUGGUGAAGCUAUCGAAGAUGCCGAAGAGUUCAAAGCACAAAUUAUGACAGGCGAUGUCGCAAAUAGAGCGACGAGCCUUGUCUAAUAUUUUUUUAUGUUUUAAUCCUGUGAAAUUUAUGUAGGAUAAAAAAAAGGGACCUUUAAGAACAACCUAGUACUAAUUAGUUUUAAUGUUAGUUUUCAGUUAGACAUUAAAGAAUUGAAAUUUGAUGAUAUUAUUUCGUCAAAUACAUUUUGGAUGAUUGUGAUCAAUAUAGUCAAAUGUUUAAAAAUUAGAUGAAUCUCAUUAGUUACAAGUUAUGUAACUGAAAGUUUAAGGAAUCGCUCAAAUGGCAAUUUUAGAGAGACAAUCAACUUAGCAAUUCAAGCAUGUACUUUAAAACAGUUAUAUAAUUUGCUUUCAUAAUUUGAUUGUAGAGAAGCUAAAUUAUUAAAAUUAGUAAUGUAAUAAUUAUAUUUAGAAAAAGAAAGUAUUUCAAUUGAAUAAUAAUAUUUGGGGAAUAGCUAAGUAUUUAGAAAGCAACACUAAUGUUAAAGGAAUUAUUUAGAAGAAAAUAGUAGCAAUGUUAAGUUUAAAUGCAAGCCAAUAAA